AUGAACGGCGCUGCUGGAAAGAACCGAUGGGUAACACAAUGGCUGCAAUUACUGGGGCUUUGGCUGGGUGUCUCGGAUUGGGCUUUUGCAUUCAUCCGCUAUACAAUUCCCGAGGAAAUGCCGAAGAACUCGUUGGUAGGAAAUGUAGUGCUUGACCUGGGCUUAGAUCUCCGGCAGUUACGAGCUCGAAAUCUUCGGGUUGUGUCGGGAGGCAGCAGAAAAUACUUCGAAGCAGAUCUCAAUACUGGAAAGUUGCUAGUCAAUGAGAGAAUCGACAGGGAGGAACUUUGUGCGACUCUCUCUCCUUGUGUCCUAAGCCUGCAAAUCAUCGCGGAAAACCCCCUGGAGCUCUACGGCGUAGCUGUGGAAGUCCAAGACAUCAACGACAAUGACCCAGUUUUCCCGAGCAAACAAAUGAGACUGGAAAUCAGCGAGUCAGUGUCACCUGGAGCACGUUUUCCUUUGGAGAGCGCACAGGACCCCGAUGUGGGAAUUAACUCUUUGCAGACUUACCAGCUCAGCUCCAAUCAGCACUACGCAUUGAACGUACAGACUGGAGGAGAUAAUACAAAAUAUGCAGAGUUAGUGCUGGAGAAGACACUGGAUAGGGAGCAGCAAAAAGAAAUCCUACUGAUUCUCACAGCUCUGGAUGGAGGAAAUCCACCUAGAUCUGCUACCUUGCAGGUACUCAUUGAUGUCCUAGAUGCAAAUGACAACGUCCCUAUCUUCAAUCAAUCUAUUUACAAAGCCAGCGUGAGAGAGGACACACCCUUAAACACUUUGGUGGCCAGAACAAGAGCUUUUGAUCUGGAUGAGGGCCCUAAUGGAGAAAUAAUUUACUCCUUCAGCAGUCACACUCCUGCUAGAGUUCGGCAGCUUUUUGUUUUAGACUCUGAUACUGGAGAACUGAGGCUCAAUGGAUUGCUGGAUUUUGAAGAAAUCAAAUUUUAUGAGAUUUAUGUCCAGGCAAAAGAUAAAGGCGCCAAUCCUGCAGAGGCUCAUUGCAAAAUAUUGGUAGAAAUUAUUGAUGUCAAUGACAACUUCCCAGAAAUCACAGUGACAUCAGUGUACAGCCCUGUACCAGAAGACACAGCUCCAGGAACAGUAAUUGCUUUGCUAAGUGUCACAGAUCAGGACUCUGGUGAUAAUGGCCUUGUAAACUGUUUUAUACCUUUUGGCACUCCUUUUGCCCUUAGCUCUUCACUUAAAAACUACUACACAUUGCAAACGAAAGAACCACUGGACAGGGAAAUUACUUCUGAGUAUAAUAUCACAAUUACUGCUAAGGAUGCUGGCUCACCCUCUCUCAUGGAAAAAAAACAAAUAUUUGUUAAAGUGUCUGAUAUAAAUGACAAUCCCCCUACAUUCCCACUAUCUUUCUAUGAUGUGUAUGUGGAGGAAAAUAACCUUCCAGGGGCUAUUAUUUUUAAUAUUAGUGCCUCUGAUCCAGAUCUGGACCGGAAUUCCCGUCUUUCUUACUCUAUCUUGGAAAAUGAGAAACAUGACAGAGAUCAGGUUAGCAGAUUUUUUUCUAUUAACCGGGAGAAUGGUACCAUUUAUGUCCUAGCACUUUUGGAUUAUGAAAACAUAAUGGAGUUCAGGCUAGUGGUACAAGUUCGUGAUGGAGGAUUUCCACCCCUUGCCACCAACGUCACAAUCAAUAUUUUUGUCACAGAUCAAAAUGACAAUGUACCCAGGGUCUUAUAUCCAACUUCAGGUAACAAUUCUUUGUUUUCAAAAGUAGUGUCCACAGUCAGUCCUGGAUAUCUGGUUACCAAAAUUGUGGCCUGGGAUGCAGAUGCUGGUUAUAAUGCUUGGCUUUCCUAUGUACUUCAUGAAGCCACUGACCCAGGACUCUUUGCUGUGGGCUUGUAUUCUGGGGAGAUAACAACAACCCGCUCACUACAAGAAGAAGAUUCUCACAAGCAAACUUUAAUAAUUUUAAUAAAAGAUCAUGGAGAACCAGCAUUGUCCUCCACUGCAACCCUUAUUGUAACAAUAGCAGAGACAUCCAGGGAGACACUGACAGACUUUACAGUAGUGUCUACCACACCACAAUCAAAGAAACACUUGACUUUCUACUUGAUCCUUGCUAUUAUUCUAAUAUCUGUGGCCUUCUUUGUCACAGUGGUUGGAGUAGGCUCUUAUAAAUUUUACAAAUGGAGGCAAUCCAAGGAUAUCUUUAAGGCCUCCAGGAGCAACCUUUAUAGAACCCCAGAACUUUUCAACCAUGUUGAUACUGUGCGGAGUGGGGUUUUUCCUCCAGAUUUCUACCACCAGUUUCUUACCACUGACUCUUGCCAGAGCGAUCUUCUAUACAAAAUGCCUUUUGCUCCCAGUACUAUAGGGAGUCAUCAAAGUACUGUUACAAGAUGUGAUCCUGCGAUGUACAACCAGAUAAGUACUAGUAGCAGACUGCUAGUGCCCUCUGAGGUAAUGUAUGUUUGUCCUUUUCCAUCUAUGUCUGGAAAACUCAGUUCUGAGCCUAAAUUAACUUAA